CGCCGUUUGUUAGGUUUGUCUUGUGACCAGCUGAUGAGGAAGCAGCGGCAGACACGCAGCAGCAGCGGUUGGCAGCAUCCAUCAUUUUGCAGAGAUGGCUGGUCUGGGCUUGACCAAGAGAUGGCUGCCUGCUCAGCUGCUGCUCCUGUGGACACUGUCCAACAUCUCUGACUCCACAGUGCACUUGUUUGCUCCUGAUGCUGUUACACUUGAGCAGUACUCUAAGGCCAACAUCACCAUUACGUCCAGUUCCCCUGUCAACCAGUCAACUGUGAUUCAGUUAAAUGUCACCUACAGCUCCAAGAGGAACUACUCGUCUAUAAUCACACUCCCUGAGCAGGUGUUGCUGCCAGAGGCAGCGACCUCAGUCAGUUUCAAUGUGACCGCCCAUGAUGUCGGUCAGGUGACCACAUACCUGCUUAGCAACAACACAGACUUCGACAGUAGUUCCGUCAGGAUCCGCUUCAUGGUGAUCCACAGCAACGUGGUGUCAGUAAUCAGUCAGGUGAUUGGCUGGAUUUACUUUCUGGCCUGGUCGGUGUCCUUCUAUCCACAAGUAUGGGAAAACUGGAGGAGGAAGAGUGUUGUAGGUCUCAACUUUGACUUCCUGGCUCUGAACCUAACCGGCUUCAUCGCUUACAGUGUCUUCAACAUUGGGCUGUUUUGGAUUCCACAAAUAAAGGAGGAGUUUCUGAAGAGGAACCCAAAUGGAAUCAACCCUGUCAACGCGAAUGAUGUCUUCUUCAGUCUCCACGCUGCCCUGCUCUGUUUGGUCUACUUCAGCCAGGCUGCUGUAUACGAGAGGGGGGGUCAGAAGGUCUCCCGGAUGGCCUGUGGUUUGCUGCUGGUUGCCUGGACGUUUGCCCUGGUCAGCUUGUUCGUUGCUGUAGCCAAACAGAUCACCUGGCUGGAUUACCUCUACUAUUUCUCCUACAUUAAACUAGCAAUCACUCUGAUCAAAUAUGUGCCACAGGCGUACAUGAACUACAGGAGGCAGAGCACGGAGGGGUGGAGUAUUGGUAAUGUGCUGCUGGACUUCACUGGUGGAAUCUUCAGUAUUCUUCAGAUGAUUUUACAGUCGUAUAACAACGAUGAGUGGCGGCUGAUAUUUGGAGAUCCCACAAAGUUUGGUCUGGGUUUGUUCUCUGUGGUGUUUGACAUCCUCUUCAUGACUCAGCACUACUGUCUGUACAGACGGCACCCACAGUACGAAGCUGUUACAGGACAAGAGGACUGAUGCUGACUCAGUGCUGUGUGGACAGACUGUCUGAAGACACUCAAGCACACAGGAGCACAUCAUCAAUUUCUGUCGCUCAGAAACAAGAACGAGCACAGCUGAUCGACCAAUGGGUGGUCUGAAAGCUGCUGGUCUCGGUGGUUGUCUUCCACCAUGGGAUCAUGUUACAGCAGAGUCCUCCAGAGCAGGUCUUACUCAUCUGACUUCUAUCCAGCAGCUCUGAACUCACAGGGUGCCUUCUUCUGAAAACAUCUCAGGAUCAGCACGCCUUUGUUUUUUUGGGGUUUUUUUUUUUUUUACCACUGUAUAAAUAUUUCUGUUGAUAGAAUGUAUAAGAAAAAACUGACCUAUUGAUAUAAACACUUUUUAUUAAAUUCGGUAUCACGUUU